GGCGCCUUCUCCAUCCCACCAAAGCCGCGGCCCUGAACCAGGAUUGAUGAUGUAGAUGCUCGUUGUCUAUUCAUGACCGUCUGUCAACAAUACAAGGCACAGGCUUACCCAUAUCUCAAAAUUCACACCCGAACUUUUUUGUUACGCCUGUUCUCGCAUCUUCAAACAUCCUUCACCUGUAAUUCUCCACUCUACUCUGAAUCCCACUCCCAUCGCAGCCUCGUAUGAUCAAUACGAGUACGGAAUCCACGGCUUUUCUCUGCAUUUCCAUCCUAUUGACAAAUCCUCCCCCCAAGCCGCUCACUCCUGCGAUUCCGCUGAUUCCCUACAUGCGAUCACUCCCAUAUAUGCUCCCUCCUACCCUCUCCUCAGUCAGCAAAACACAAUGGCAGCCCUCCACGAUGCCCUCAAAACUCUGGGUCCGAUAGACUUCACCGAAACUCCUCUAGACGACCUCAAACCCUUCCUCACGCACGCUUUCAGCCACGGACAAUUGAUUGUUGAUUCUGUGCCCAUUCCCGCGCCUGCCGAUGACUCCGGCGCUCUCGAUGGGCGGUCGCGCGCCAGUUCUACGGCUUCGAAUGCCAGUGAGAUCUCUGUAUCGUCUGCGAGGUCGGAUCCGCCGCCGUCGGAUGUAGAGGCGCUGCAGAAGGAAUGGAAACAGGUGAAGAUGAAUCCGAGGGACAAUCCGCUGGGGAUGAAUGUUUAUAAGCUUGGGGGCAAAGAUGGAAAGGGGGCGUGGUUUGCGAGGAGGAGCGUUCAUGAGGGGUUGGGGUUCACGAAGUGGAAGAAGGCGCUUGAAUUGGAAUUCCCCGAGACGAUGAAGGUGCAGGGCGGACCGGGAGAAGGCAAUAUUCGUGGAAUUGGUGGAGAGAGAAGAGUGGCAUAUAAGGAUAUAGAGGGUGUGGGGAAGGUGGAAGUAUACCUACUUUCAGCACAAUUCCCUGGACCAACCACACCACGAGACUUCGUCACGAUGUUCAUUACUUCUGAUCAAGCGUUAUCGGAUCACACAGGAGGGGAGAAAGAAGUACCAAGACAUUUCAUGGUUCUUUCGAGGCCAUGUAGUCACCCAGAUACCCCUCCACGAGAUGGAUUUAUAAGAGGAUACUACGAAUCAGUUGAAUUCAUUCGGGAAAUUCCAAUAAAGAAACCACCCAAGAAAUCCGCAUCUACCACCAAUCUGCCGUCCCAGAGUGGAAGGCAAAGAUCAGCAUCAACGCUGAGCAGAGAUGUCAUGUUACGGAAUGCUAGGAAACAUUCUCCUCCAGAAAGUGAAAAUGGAUCUCCAACUCCCGAAACAGAAGCUACCCAGAGUGAAGGUCGAGCGCGGGGUCAUACCAUUUCUUUUGAUAAAUCAAGAGGAUCAGAUGCCAAAGGUGAAAGCAUGGAUGUACCAAAAGAGGAAGACGACUGUGAAACCAAUCCCAUAGAGUGGAUAAUGAUUACGCGAAGCGACCCCGGCGGAAGCGUGCCACGAUUUAUGAUUGAACGAGGGACUCCCAAUGGAAUAGUACAAGAUGCGAGCAAGUUCUUGAACUGGGCCUGUGCUAAGGAUAUGGAUGAUUUCGAGAGUGACGGUGAAGAGGAAGACGACUCUUCAACAGUAGAAGGUGACGAAAGGGAUGAGCUGGCUCGAAAACAUGACCAUAAACAUCAUCACGGGCAGGUCAGCUUGCACAAUUAUCAGACCAACGGCCACCUGGCUGGAAUCGAGGAAGCAGAAACUCCCAAGAGCGAAGUUCCUCCUCCAACAUAUCCCGAGGCCGCGGAUCAACAUACCAAUGGUGGACUUUACGGUGCAGCUCUCGGCGCCGCAACAGCAGCAGCGGGUUACAUUGCAUCGCACACCCCUCAAGUUAUCACAGAUCAUCUGUCUGGCCAAGUAAACCCAUAUCCAGGUAACCAAGAGACGUCCCCACGCCGAGAAUCCGUCUCUUCAAUAGAAAGCGCUUCCUCUGUUGGCUCUUUCGCUUCAGCACUAGAGAACAACGACUCCACUCAAAACCUCGGUGAAAAUGACGGCUCCUCGUUGAAAUCGUCGCAAACGACCUCUUCUCUAGCAGUCAAUCGUACCCUCGCUGCGCAGGACAAAGAGCUCCAGAAGCUGGAAGAGAAGAAAAAGAAGAUCGAUGAGAAGCUAAACAAGGCGCGAGAAAAGGAGAUUAGCAAAAAGAGCGAGGAUAAGGAAAAAGAGGAAGAAGCUCUGAAGAAAGCGGAAGAGAAGCACAAGUUGGAAGUGAAGAAGCAAGAAGAGAAGUACAGGAAGGAAGUCGAGAAGCUGGAAAAGAAAAAGGAGAAAGAGGAAAAGAAGGCGGAGGAGCGGAAAAAGAAAACAGCAGAGAAGGACGAGAGGACUAAGAUGCUGCGAGAGUUGGAGGAGUUGAAAGCCGAAGUCGGCGUGCUGAGGAAAGAAAAGGAGAUUCUGAGAGGUCAGGUGGGAGAUCUGCAGGCUGAGAAUACGGCGCUCGCUGCGAGGGUGGGUCGAUUGGGUAUUCAGGGCGAGGAAGUCUUGAAAGAUGUCAGAGCCGAGGUCAACAGGACGGGAAGAUCGCGAGCAAGUAGCUUGAAGGCGAUGGCUAUUCGACCUUCCAAUUUCGUGAGGAGUAGUACGAGCCUGGAUAAAGAGGAAAACGCGGUGCCUGCAGUUGAAACUGGGAACGGGAGUACAUGAUGUUUAUGUUUGAAUGACAUAGGGUUGAAAGGCGUUGCAUAGCAUGGAAUCGGGUCGGUCUCUUAUCUAUUCCAGCGAUAGAAAUAUGGGAUCUGGAUGGUCUUAAUAGCGAAAAUACAAGCAUGGCGAAGUUUUCUGGAUUUGACUAAGUCCUUCAUAUGACAGUGAUCCGAUUUUCAUUGUGUGCAUGGCCAAGUCAUGCCUGGUUUGUUUUGUUCUCGUUGCAAUCUAAACUUUAGCGAGAGCACACACAAAACAAGAGCUUUUUUUGACUUCAACAAAACCUCGAAAAAUCUUGAAAGCCAAAAAAAUAGGGUUUGAAAAAAAAAAGGGAAAACAUCCUUAACCAUUCC